AUGACACUUACUUUGUUUAACCUGUACCAUUUCGUGACUUUCUUCUUCGUGGGGUAUACACAGGGGAGAAAAAAUUUAGCUCUUAGGAAACCUGCCUAUCAAAGCAGUACGACGGAAUACUCGUUUGGAGGUAGGACACACUUGGGCGUGGCUGACUACGCUGUGGACGGGAAUCUAGAGGUGGAAGAAAUAGGAUCCACGUGUAUCCGUGCAGGCUGGGAUCUUAACCCCUGGUGGGCGGUGGAUCUGCAAGAUAUCUACAGGAUAGACGAAGUGGCCAUUGUUACCCGAAAUUGGGGCUUUAUAAUGACGAAUUUCUCUGUCGAGUUAUCGGCCUUCACUGAUGGGACCCCGAAUGGCUUCAUAAAUCCAGUCACUUGUUUCUACGAGAGCGGCUGGGUACCACAGGGUGUUACCCGGGUGUAUCCGUGUUCUACCAGCACUAUGGCAAGAUUCGUCAAGGUCACGCGCUGGGAUUGGGCAGCCGACAGGGUCAUGGCCUUCUGCCAAGUCAUGGUAUACGGCAGUGACACGGCAUCCCCUCAACAGAACACAAAGGACCUGAUAUGGUACGGCGGGGAAUCAGUCCCAGUGCAAGAAACUGUUCACCUCAAGAAGCGAAACUGA